GGAAACAACAUACAGCGGAAAAAAGAAACGAAAUAAAAAAAAACAACAAAACACGGCAAGCGGCAGGCAUCAAAUCCAUACAUACAAAUUCAUUUCUAUUGUGUAGUGCCAAGCUGAAGUUCAUACACCGCCGAGAGUGAAGAGAAGACAAAAAAACGAAACCAAGGAACACCGAGAUAAAACAAGAUGUCAAGCAAACGUAAAUCAGAUGCCAAAGCACCAGCUAGUAAACGCGGUCGCAAGAAGAAGGUCGAUGACGAUUUCGAUUCGGACAGCGACAGCAGUGCCAAUGGUCGUGAUAGUUUGGACUCAUCGAAAAAGGAAAGCGUUGAAGUUCUGAUCGAAAGUACAGAAGAUACAAAACUGCCAGAAGAACUAUUGAAAACAUUCGAUCGUGAACCAGGCAAAUUGAUGGUGGCUGGUAUGGUUACGUGGGAAUUGACAGGAAGACGAGAUCCAAAGGGAAAAGUUACAACCAUCCGUCCCAAUCUUUAUGUUUUCCAUCGUUUUACGGAUGAAAUGUAUCGUUUGAUUGUCAGUGGUUGCAGUUCGGCACACAGUAUUUUAAUCAACAUGGAUCGUAAAGCGCUCAGCUUAGGUCGUAAUCAAUUCGGUCAGUUGGGACAGCCUGAAUUAAAAACGUAUGAGAAACCAACACUGAUUCCAGAAUUGGAGAACGUAAAUAUCAUUCAGGCGGCUUGCGGUCGCAAUCAUUCACUCUUUUUGACCGACACAGGUGUUGUAUACGCUUGUGGUGAUAAUAAAAGCGGUCAAUGCGGUGUUGGCAACAAUACAACUCAAAUCAUUCAAAAACCAACACGAAUCAACUAUCGAGGUCCUCCAAUUAUUAAAGUCAGUUGUGGUGCUGAAUUUUCCGCCAUUCUUGAUAUUAAGGGAAAUUUGCACACAUUUGGUUUGCCAGAGUAUGGCCAAUUGGGUCACAAUACUGAUGGCAAAUACUUCAUCAAUUCGAACAAAAUGUCAUUCCACUUUGAAACGUCACCGAAGCGUGUGGUGCUCUACAUUGAGAAAUCGAAAGACGGGCACGUCACACCGAUUGACGGUGUUCAAAUUGUUGACUUUGCAUGUGGCAACAAUCAUACGGUUGCAAUCGAUUCAAAGAAACGUGCAUACAGUUGGGGAUUCGGUGGUUUUGGUCGUUUGGGCCAUGCUGAACAAAAAGACGAAAUGGUGCCUCGCAUGAUGAAAUUCUUCGAUUCAUCAUCGCGUGGUGUGCGCAGCAUUUUCUGCGGUGCAACAUACAGUUUGGCAAUCAAUGACAUUGGCGUUCUCUAUUUGUUUGGCCAAAACAAAAAAACCGGUGAAGCUAACAUGUAUCCAAAACCGGUUCAAGACUUAUCUGGCUGGCAUAUCACAAGCCUCGGCUGCUCAAACACCUCGAUUGUCAUAUCUGCCGAUGAUACAUUGAUCGCUUGGGGUGCAUCGCCAACAUUUGGAGAGCUUGGUUUGGGUGAUUUACAAAAAUCAAGCACCACACCAAAAGAGGUGAGCCGUAUGGAAGGCAUGAAGAUACCACAAGUUACAAUGGGAUUGGCGCAUACAAUGUUGCUUGUAAACACCGAAGAUGAGGCAACAAACGCCAAAUAUCUCAAAAUGCCGGAGUUCACAUUGGACGAUUAAUUGGCAUCUCUAUAAAUCAUUGCACCGAAACACACACACACACACAUACAUACAAACGAAACAAGAAGAAGAACAACAACAGCUAUACAAAAUAUUUAAACGAACACUUGUUUUUAUACAACAGUUAAAAGUAAUCGCAACAAAUGAAAACUCAAUAGACCAAUAUAUUAUAUAUAUAUAGCAUGUUUACGAAAAAGAUUUAUUUCAUUCAUCGAUUGUGGGUAUCAGUUCCAUUGCGAGAGAUCAAAGACAACAAUUCAACGCAGAUUUGAUAAAAAAGUUGACAUAGGUUAGAGUUAACAUUUCAUACGCUAAAUGGUUUUUGAAAUUCGUACGACAGUUUUAACGCAUUGACACAACAUCAUGUAUGCGUUGCGUUAGUUUUAACGCAUCCGUAUGAACACUUUAGCGUAUGGAAUUGUUUACAUUUUUACAGAGAUUCAACAUUCAAUUUUAAUAGAGCAGAAAUGAUGUAAUUUUUUUUAUUGAUUCUAAUUAUUUUUUCUUUACAUAUUUUGAUGGUGAUUUGAAAUGAACAAUUCUUUUUAGUUUAAAAUUUGGAAGUAACGCAAUCGAAUUGAAUAAAAGGGAGGUCUAAGCAGAAAUGAUUCGAAAAAGUAUAAAAUCGGUGUAAAGUUCAACAAAAUCAAUCCAAUACCAAUUUAUCAAAGAGAAACACAUUCUCCUUACAUAUUCUCCGAAGAAAGGCAAAAGAUGAUUUCUUUUACCAAAACCCCAAUUUAAAUAUUAAAGGAUGUACAUUUGAUGAAGAUGUUAAACUCGAAAUUCAGCGGCUAUGUCGCUUUUGAAUUAUUUUAACAAAUUGAUUGAAAAUUGUAUAUUUGAAAGACAUCAAUAUUACUUUCUUUAAUGAUUCACCAUUUGAAUUUCUCCGGGUAUGACUUGUUCAUUUACAUUCAAUUUUCUUGUAAACGAAUUCAAUUGAGGGGAAAACAUUGGUUUGAAUAGCGUGUAGAAUCCAAUAAUAACGUUCAAAAUUGUCUAUUUGUAAUAUUUUCAUAAUCAGAAUCACCAAUUUUCUAUUUGAUUUUAUCUUCUGUUUCGUCAAAUAAACACUAUACAUCUGGAUCAAAA